AAACGGCCGACCUCUGCCCAACCACAUCCGGCACAAGAUCGUGGAGAUGGCCCACCACGGGAUCAGACCGUGCGUCAUCUCCCGGCAGCUCCGGGUCUCCCACGGCUGCGUGUCCAAGAUCCUGUGUCGGUACCAGGAGACGGGCUCCAUCAGACCCGGGGCCAUCGGAGGCAGCAAACCCAAGCCGGGAACCUCGCCGGACGUAGAGAGGAGAAUAGAAGAAUACAAGCGGGAAAACCCGG